GUAAUUAAUCUGUCCGUGGGUCUGCCGAGGUCUUUCUGCAUGGCGGCGUGAAGGGAGCGGCAGCGUCCGACAUUUUCCCUUAUUUACCGUGCUACUAGGCGUCCAGGGCGGCCGCCAUUGUACCGCAAGACACACAAAGCCACUAGCAGCCAGGCGACAUGGUGGAGCAAAUAGCAGACUUCGAGGAGGGCGGUGAGGAGGUGGUGGGGCCCGUGGGCGGGGCGGCCGUGGUGGAGGCGCCGGAGCUGCCGGAGAUCAAGCUCUUCGGCAAGUGGUCCCUCGAUGACGUGCAGCUCAACGACAUGUCCCUGCAGGACUACAUCGCCGUCAAGAAGUACUAUGCCAAGUACCUGCCCCACUCCGCCGGUCGGUACGCAGCCAAGCGCUUCCGCAAGGCCCAGUGCCCCAUCGUGGAGCGCCUCACCAACUCCCUCAUGAUGCACGGACGCAACAACGGCAAGAAGCUGCUAGCCGUGCGCAUCGUCAAGCACUCCUUUGAGAUCAUCCAUCUGCUGACCGGCGAGAACCCCGUCCAGAUCGUGGUCAACGCCAUCAUCAACUCCGGGCCCCGCGAGGACUCCACGCGUAUCGGUCGCGCCGGUACCGUGCGUCGACAGGCUGUAGAUGUGUCUCCCCUGCGUCGUGUGAACCAGGCCAUUUGGCUGCUGACCACUGGGGCGCGCGAGGCUGCCUUCAGGAACAUCAAGACUAUCGCUGAGUGCCUCGCUGACGAGCUCAUCAAUGCAUCAAGGGGCUCCUCCAACAGCUACGCCAUCAAGAAGAAGGACGAACUGGAGCGCGUCGCCAAGUCCAACCGUUAAGAGAGAGACACUUCUUGUUAUGGGAAGGAAAUAAAGCCAUUGACAAUUUC